UCACCGCACUCUUCACAUCCUGACUCUCAUAUAUAUCAAAAAUCUAGCACAGCUUUCAUUCAGAUAUGGCUCCACCAAGUGCGAUUGAUAUCCGUGGCCUGACUGAUACUGAGGCGUUGAUCUACCCAGACCCACUGACCGUCAAUGAGGUGACUGAGCGUCGGGCCAAGGCUGGCAAGCUCAUUGCUGGCGUGGCCGCUGGAACAAGCAGCGAUCUCUUCAAGGGCAAGUCCCAUGGCAACCUCGCCAAGCGAUUCGAUCACCUCAUCAGUGAAGAGAGCAAGUCCCGCGGGCUAUCCUCGCUGAAGACUGCUGCCAAGUUUCUAUCCAUCCCCGGCAUCAUAUCUCUGGGAGGUGGCCUGCCAUGCAGUGAAUACUUUCCAAUCCAGGAUAUCUCCAUGACGGUGCCAGUGGCGCCAGAUUUCUCAGAAGAGGGCACCGCAAAGUCGGGCGUCGUCGUGAAGAUGGGGAAAUAUGAUGCUACACAGGGCGAUGGGACGUACGAUCUGUCGAUCUGUCUGAACUACGGCCAGGGCACUGGAUCCGCCCAGCUGCUGCGCUUCGUCGUCGAGCACACCGAGAUCGCACACAGCCCACCUUACAAGGAUUGGCAGUGUGCCAUGAGCAUUGGAAGCACAAUGGCUCUGGAACAAGCAUACCGCAUUUUCACCGAGCGCGGAGAUUACAUUCUGUCCGAGGAGUACACGUUUGCCAGUGCCGUGGAGACUGCCCUCCCCCUCGGAUGCAAGUUCCUCGGGAUCAAGAUGGACUCGGAAGGACUGAUGCCCGGGGAUAUGGAUGACAUUCUCUCGAACUGGGACGUCAAGGCCCGAGGAGCACGCAAGCCACACCUGCUGUACACCGUCCCCACCGGCCAGAACCCCAGUGGCGCAACACAGAGCGUUGAGCGACGCAAGGAACUGUACAAGGUGUGCCAGAAGCACGACGUCUUCGUCAUCGAGGACGAGCCCUACUACUUCCUGCAGAUGCAGCCCUACACCGGCGCCGACACACCGCCCGUAGCACCACCAGCUAGCAACGAAGAGUUCCUGCGUCAGCUCGUGCCCAGCUUGCUGAGCCUGGAUACCGACGGCCGCGUCAUGCGUCUCGACUCCUUCUCCAAGGUGAUUGCGCCCGGCACACGCACGGGAUGGGUCACAGCAUCGGCGCAGAUAGUCGAGCGUUUCGUCCGACACAACGAGGUGUCUGCGCAGAACCCCAGCGGGCUGGCGGCAAUCACGCUGUACAAGCUACUGGACGAGACGUGGGGCCACGACGGCUACCUGGAGUGGUUGCGCCACCUGCGUAUCGAGUACACGGGCCGCCGUGACGCCCUCCUCGCGGCUUGCGAGAAGUUCCUACCAAAGGAUAUAAUCACAUGGACUCCUCCUGCUGCGGGCAUGUUCCUCUGGCUCGAGGUUAACCUUGCCAACCACCCCGCUGCGGCGACCAAGUCCAUCCUUGAGAUUGAGGACGAGAUGUUCCUGGUGUGCGUGGAGAAGGGCGUGUUGCUAUCGAAGGGCUCGUGGUUCCUCGGGGACAAGACCAAGGAGCCGACGCAGCUGUUCCUCCGAGCGACGUUUGCGGCAGCGACGGCGGAGAAGAUGGAGCAGGCGAUUGAGGGAGUUGGGGUUGCGGUGAGGGAGGCGUUUGGGGUUAAGGCGUGAAGUGGUCAUUGACAGGCUCGAAGUGGCGUUGAUUACUGCUCGGCUGUGAAGUGGUGGCAUUGGUGGUUGCAAUGCAUGAUGCAUUUACCUCUCUUUCGGUGUAAGGCUGCGCUGGUGCGGGAGUUCAGCGUAUCUCAUGCCGUCUUGUGGGAUGUAAACAUAUCAGUCCGCUACUAAGGUGGAGCUAUGGGAGCGAAGGGGCUGAUAUAAAACAAUGUUUUAAAAUAUAGCUGUAUGAUUAGACCCUUGCCCUAACAUCCCAGUGGCUGGAAUUGAUUCACAUUUACUAAA